UUCUAGCUAUUAGAAUGACUUAAUUCAUGAUCAUCAUCAAUCAUGAUGAGGAGGAUCUUCACCAUUUUCACGGUUUUCUUUCUACUAUUCUUCUUCUUCUUCUUCUGCUGCUGCAACUCUAUUGACACUAUAACCUUCGACAACCCUCUAAAGGACGACGACCGCAAUCACCUCGUCUCCACCGCUGGGACCUUUGUUCUUGGAUUCUUCAGCCCCGGAAAAUCCACUAACCGCUAUAUCGGAAUUUGGUACAACUUUUCCACCGAAACCAUCGUAUGGGUUGCCAACAGAGACAACCCUGUUCGCGAUUCCUCCGGUGUUCUCUCUCUCGACCAAACAGGAAACCUUGUCAUCACAGCUUCAAACUUGUCAACCCCCCCGGUUUGGUCCACUACUAACUUCACAACCUCCCCAAAUCUGGUUUCCGCUCAACUUUCGGAUUCCGGGAACUUGAGAUUACUUCGCGAUAAUGCCGUGGUAUGGCAGAGCAUCGAUCAUCCGACCAAUACUAUUAUUCCAUCCAUGAAACUCGGGCUGGACCGAAGGGCCAAUCGGUACACGGUCAUUACAUCUUGGAAGUCUCCAGACGAUCCCGGAACAGGGGAGUACACUUACAGAAUGGAUCUAACUGAGAUGCCUGAAUUGGUCUACGAACAGGGUCCGACGAGACGGCUGUGGAGAACCGGGCCGUGGAUAGGAAACGGUUGGUCGGGAAUACCCGAGGUGUUGAUCAAUGACUUCAUAUUUAGUGUAGUGUACACGAAUGAUCGAGAUGAGGCCACUCUUGCCUAUAGCAAUAGCAGCGCUUCCAUCAUCCCGAGGCUGGUGGCGAAUGAGACCGGAAACCUUCAAAGACUAGCGUGGCAGGAGGGUAGUCGUCAAUGGUACGAGUCAUGGUCGUAUCAAAAGGAGGAAUGCAACAAUUACAAUCAUUGCGGGGCGUAUGGUAAUUGCGACCCUCAGCCCACUAGGAGUUUCGAGUGCACUUGCCUACCAGGAUUUGAGCCGAAAUCGACGAUUGAUUGGUUCACGAUAAAGGAUGGUUCGGGUGGGUGUGUGAGAAAGCAAGGACGAAUGAUUUGUAGGGAAGGAGAUGGGUUUGUGCCGGUAGAGAAUGCUAAGUUACCCGAUAUGAGAGUAGCACGCGUGAAUAUGAGCAUGGGUCUUGAAGCAUGCAAAGAGAAUUGCCUGAAAAAUUGUAAUUGCACAGCUUAUGCAAGUUCAACCGGAGGUGAAGUUGGCUGCAUUACCUGGAUCGGAGAAUUACUCGACACUAGAGUCUUUCCCACCGGCGGCCAUACCCUGUUCGUGCGUGUUGACAAUGUCGAACUAGCUGAAUAUUUGGAGUCACAACAACGCCCACGGCGUUCCGCACAACCGAAAAGAGUGACAUACAUAAUUGUGGCUUCUACCAUUAUUCCAUUAGCCAUAAUUGGUGCACUUAUAGUUUUCUGGUUCAUAACUCAAAAGAGGAGAAAAGAUCGAAAGAGAAACAAUAGACAUAUGUUGUUUACUACUGCUAAUGGUUCGUCGUCGUCGCAAGAAAAUUCUACGAGAGAAACACACAUAGAUGAUUUUCCCUUUUUUGACCUUAGUACAAUUGUUGCUUCCACUGAUAAUUUUUCCAUUUCCAACAAACUCGGAGAAGGUGGCUUUGGCAUGGUUUAUAAGGGGCGGUUAAGGAAUGGAGUAGAGAUUGCGGUUAAAAGAUUGGCAAAGAAUUCAGGACAAGGAACAGAAGAAUUUAAGAAUGAAGUUUGUUUAAUUGCCAAACUCCAACAUAGGAAUUUGGUGAGGCUAUUAGGAUCUUGUGUUGAACAUCACGAGAAGAUGUUGAUAUAUGAAUACUUACCAAAUAGGAGCUUGGAUUCUUUCAUCUUUGACGAAGAGAAGCGGUCCCAACUCAGUUGGGAGAAACGAUUUAACAUUAUUUUGGGAAUUGCAAGGGGAGUGAUAUACCUUCAUCAAGACUCUCGUUUAAGAAUAAUUCAUAGAGACUUGAAAGCUAGCAAUAUUUUGUUAGACGAUGAAUUAAGUCCUAAAAUUUCAGAUUUUGGAAUGGCUAAGAUUUUUAAAGGUGAUCAAAUGGAAGCUAAUACAAAGAGGGUAGUUGGAACAUAUGGAUAUAUGUCUCCUGAAUAUGCCAUGGGAGGGUUAUACUCGACAAGAUCCGAUGUCUUCAGUUUCGGUGUCAUUUUGAUCGAGGUUGUCACUGGAAAGAAAAAUAGUAGUUAUUAUCGAGACGACACGAUUAAUUUGAUUGGACAUACAUGGAACUUAUGGAAAGAAGACAAGGCUUUAGAGAUAAUGGACAGGUCCAUGGGUGAUUCAUGGCCAGAGGAAGAAGUUCUUAGAUGUGUUCACAUAGGGCUACUAUGUGUACAAGAACUUGUUAUGGACAGACCAACCAUGUCUGAUGUUGCUUUCAUGUUAUGUAAUGAAAUUGCUCUGCCUUUUCCCAAGCAGCCAGCUUUCAUCUUCAAUGGGCAUGACACGAAUGAUUCGUCGACAAGCGAUGUCAAAGCCAAAUCUAACAAUGGCCUCACCAUCACCCAAGUCGAGGCUCGCUGAAAUAAUGGGAAGGUAUUACAUAUACUUUUAUGGCAUGUCUAGAAUUUGUCUAAAGAUAGUUGGAGUGGCUCCUCUGGUUAUCCAACCUGAGUAUGACAAUUUAAUUCAUUCUUUGUACAUGAUAAUUUAUAGAUUUUCUUUUCAUAUG